AUGGAGCCUCCCCCAGGAGAAAUUCUGCCGACGAACGCUGUCGUUAACGCAAUCGUGCGUGAGGACCCUUACGUGGGGGAGGACUCUUUCGUUCAUGGGGCACCGGGCGGCUUGUCACGUCCUCAGCGAGGAAACCGGUUCGGUGUGAUAUCCCCCGGUCGACCAACCAUCUUCGGGAAUCGCCCACGUCAACCACGCCAGUACAUCAAGAAAGCAUACACCUUCCGCGAGAAACUCGACAUGAUCAACUACCAACACCUUCACGGCACAACAGCGGCGCUGAACCACUUCUAUCCGCUACUGCGUGGCGUCGAGCGUCGGAGGGCGUGUUUGAAUCUCAACAAGUGGGAACGACAACGCGCACUGAUCGAGGAGUAUGGUUACUCAAGCCGGAGUCAUCUCAAGAAGGCGCGCGGAGAAGGCAUUGGGACCAGCUUGAGUGCCGAGACUGAGCUGAAUUUAGUUCAAUGGGUUAAGAGCAUGCGUAAUGAAGGUAUCCCUGUGGCUACCAUCAUGCUGCAAUUGAAGGCAAGAGAAGUUGCUGUUGAGAAGGAUAAUGCGAAGCAAUAA